AUGCAGCGAUGCAAAGCUGCUCUUCGACUACUGAAAAGCGAUAUCCCCAAGCAGCCAAGGCAAACACAUCAACGGAAUGACAUAGCUAAACGAAACUUGACCGCAUUGUUUGAGAUCAGCGCGGAUGUUUGUGUUCUCCGCUCUUUGACUUUGACAGUGACCGAGCUUGGCUCGAAGCGCGAUUAUGGACUCGCUCCGGUAUUGACCGAAUGGUGGACUGGCGUGCAACAUCCGCGGAGUCUCAGUAAUAUCUCUCGGGACCUCUGCGUGGAGUUCGGCCUGCAAUAUUUGGACGACGCAAAUAUCUCAAAGACGAUCCACCAGGAUGAUAGAGUUUCUGAAGUCUCAACCAGUGGUGGGCUGGACUUGGUUACAACAGGAAUGGAUUCUGAUAACAGGCUAUUUCAUGAAGGUGAAAAUCCAGAGGGCUCUUCAAGAGGAAUGCCGGAUCAAUACCAUGCUCAAUUGGACCGGCGAGACGAGAAUCCUCUACAAAUAUGA